AUUCCCCCACUCACACAUUUUACGAUAUUAACCUAACUAACCUCUGAUCUGAACGAAUCUUAACCUCUUGUUGGCAUUCUUCAUACCUACCUGGUAAACGAUAAACAUGUCAUUGAAUGUUUCGUUUUUGAUCUGAGAAAAAACAAGACUGAGUUGACAGAGUUUCGCAAUAUGUCGAUCAAACUGUUAAGAAUCGUUAACUUCCUUUCGAUUCCGAGAGGUCAACAUGUGCGAUACGGACAUAAGAUGCGGGGAAAACCACCGACGAUCGCCCGCAAUCUUAAACAACGUCUCGAGAUAUUGAAACAGAGUGAGAAGGAUCCGACGUUGGACUUCAAUGUGAACAUCGGCUAUCCGGUAACCAAGACAAUCUCCCGACGAACGAUGACGAAAAUCUGGGCGAGAGAGAUUACCGCGCGUAGGAACAAUCCCGAGCUGGAGAAAGCCUCACGCACCAGGGAGCUGCUGGUAGAUCUUAAAGACGCGAGAGAGUGCUGGCUGCAGACCGACGGACCGUUUCACAUUCACAGAAUAGCGGAACACUAUGGUAUUUACAAAGAUCUCUACAGGGAUGCGUACUUCAUGCCGACGGUUCCGUUAGACAUAUGCUACAACUUGGAAGAUGACAAAGUGACGAGGGUUCGUACUGGCAAUAUAAUCAAACCGAAAGAAGCUUCCAAAGCACCCGAUGUCACGUUCAAUGCAACAACGGAAGAUGACGGAUCGUUAUGGACUCUUUUAAUGACCACACCAGAUGGUAAUUUUACCGACCCGAAGAAAGAAUACUGUCACUGGUUCAUUGGGAAUAUUCCAGGGAAUCGUGUGAACGAAGGAGAGGAGUUUAUGGAUUAUCUGAGACCGAUAGCACCAUACGGUAUCGGAUACUGCAGAUAUAUCUUUGUAUUGUACAAACAAGAAUGCUAUUUAGAUUACUCGGAAUAUAAGAAAAAGAUAAACAAACCCUGUUUGAAUCUGGAGGAACGUAACUGGCAAACGCGGGAAUUUUAUAUGAAAUAUCAGGAUCAACUGACACCUGCUGGAUUGGCAUUCUUUCAGUCGGACUGGGACAACACGAUGAAAGAAUUUUAUUACGACUCGUUGAAGAUAGAAGUGCCGAUAUUUCAAUACGAUUUCCCACAACCGUUUAUCAAGAAACAAAAAUGGUUUCCUUUGAAAAAACCCUUUAAUCUCUACCUGGACAAAUAUCGCGAUCCCAAGGAAAUAAUGAAGGAAUUUUUGCUGAGAAAAUUGAAGGAAGUUCAUCCGUUCAAAGGGCCAGAGCCGAAGCUGCAAUUCCCAUUGGCUCAUAGAACUCAUUCUUACAAGCCGUCCUGGUUGAAGUUUGAGAUAAUGAAGAAGAAGCUGGGACAUGGUCGCGUGAACGAUCUCGACGAAUAUUAGAUCCAAAGAAAGAAAAAAUUGAACAAUACGAUUGUAAUAUAAUAAAUAACAAUCUUAAAUUA